UACCAAGUUUGUACAACUACUAACAAUAACAUAGGCAAAACAACACUUCAGUUAUUGUCCUAAUUAAUCAAAGAUUACUAUCUCAAUCAAGAGAAAUAAAUAGCAAAUCAAGAAGAAAAACAUAAGAAAAAAAAAUGGCUCAUAAUUUGAAAGUUGUAGCCACCAUGUCCAAUUGUAUAUCUACAAGAUUCAUGAUGGUGCCUAUAGGAAGUAUAUGGAUCUAUAGAGACUUUGUUAGCGCCACUAGAACUUCUCAAAAAAUUGAUAAAGAGACUUGCCAAAAGAUAAUAGAAGCAGCAGAAGCAGUGAAAGAAGGAGCUAAAGAAGUAAAGAGUGUAGGUGAAUUUGUCAAAGAAACUGUUUCUUCCAGUGCUGGAAAUGUGAUCUCAGAGAUGGCAAAGGCAGCACUAGAAAAGGCAACUGAAAAAGAAGAGAAAGGUGCAUGGGAUAAAGCCAAAGAUGCUGCAAAUGAUGUCAAAAAGAAAGUCUCUGGCAAGUGAUUUAAUUAUUAAUUUCACAAUUAACCCUAAUUACAUUAAGUUUAAAGUGUAUACAUCAUUAAUAUAAUAAGUUUUUAUGACGAAAGUGUAAUGUAAUUCAUCAUAGUAACAAGUUACUAACAUGUUGCACAUCAUAUAACCUGACAGUAUGAAAAUUCUUUAUAUUAGAAUGUCAUUUCCUACUGAAUUGUAAUUUUUUCGAAGUCUUUACAUGUUAAUUCACUACAAAUAUAAAAAAAAAUUAAAUCAA